GCUGUCAGCUAUGGAGACUGCUGUCAAGUGUGACGUCGAUCUCCCUCUCAACCUCAAGACUCAUGUGGAUGUUCUCCGUCGAGGCUGCAAACUGGAGGAUGGGUCUCAAUACGACCCCCGGGCGGCCUUAGACUCUAUGGACCCGCCACCACCGCCCUUCGGGUCGUCGCCGCAGCCGCAGUCGCCGCCGCUCUCGCAAGUUCCCGAGCACCUGUUGAUGGCCGUCAACAGUAUCACCAGCGCCGCCUCCGGCCUCGCCAACACCGCCACCAUCGCCAGCAUCGCCAGCACCGCCACCUCCGCCAGCCCCCCCACCGUCACCACCAUUAACGGCGGGGGAAGCCACGGAGGGGGCGGGGGAAGCCACGGGGACACCUCAACUCCCCCAGCACACACCCCUACUAACUGCGGAGCGCAGCAGCAACAACAGCAACAACAACAACAACAACAGCAGCAGCAGCAGCAGCAGCAACAACAACAGCAGCAGCAACAACAGCAGCAACAGCAGCAGCAGCAACAGCAGCAGCAACAACAGCAGCAGCAACAACAACAGCAGCAGCAACAACAACAGCAGCAACAGCACCUGGGCUGCCACGGCAACGGAGGCAACACUUGCAGUGGAAACAAUGGUGCACACAGCCACAGCAACGGGGGUCACAACACCUGUACUGCCUCCCAUACGCCCACUUCAAUCGCCUCGACCACAGGAUUCAACGAGCACAGUGGGCAUCCUGCGCCGCCGCCAUUCUCCACAGCCAAUGGGGUAUUUCCACGGAAAAGUCCACCAAUCAACACACAGAACCCCAACCAUAUGACGAGUCACGUGACAACUCUCCCUUCGUCCAUUGGCCGGCUCACGCUGGGACUGGCCAGUCACUACACACCCUCGCCAAUACCAGAACAAGAAGAAAUUCAGUCACCUGUAAGCUCCGUCCCGAGCUGUUGGCAUUGCGUAUUUUCCAGUCACAACGGUGGUGUGUCGCCGCCCCCAUCUCCCCCUACUGCAGCGUCGCCUUCCCCCACCAUGGCCCCUGGCCACGGGGCAUCCAGUCCCGGGGCGGGGCUGGCCAGCCUCCACCAUGCCAUUCACGGCCUCCACAACCUCCACAAUCUUCACAACCUUCAGAACUUUCACAACCUGCAACAGAACCUGCAGACGCAGAUGGCGGCGCUAGCGGGGCUCCAAGGCGGCUUAGGAGUGCCUGGCGUGGGAUCCCUCCUACACCCACACUUGGCCCAACACAACCAAGCUGCGGCGGCGGCGGCGGCGGCGGCGGCGGCAGCGACGGCGGCGACGGCAGCGCCACCUCCCCCCGGCGGCAUGAACAACAGCGCGGGGGCCAAUAACGCGCCGACUGUCCCCCAGAUGGUGUUGACCUCCGGCCACGUUACCCAGGGGGUCCAAGGGGCCCAGCUUCUCGUCCCCACCUCCCAGGGUAUCGCGGUGCAGCCCAUCUUGACCAUACCUCUGGGACAGGCUGGCGUUCAAGGCUCCUCGCUGAUGAACCCCCUUGUUCCCCUCCACCACCUCCCCCAGCCGGGACCACACCCCCAGCACACAGGUUCCACUAACUCCUCUCCGCUGCCCCCUUCCUCCUCCUCCAACUCUUCCACCUCCUCCUCCUCCUCCUCCACCUCGGCAGCCCCGCACCCCCUCCUAGGCCUCGCCGGCCUACCCCCCUCCCUCUUUCACGCCCACCACGCCCACAACAACAACAACAACAACAACAGUAACAACAACAACAAUAAUAACAACAUGAGCGGAGACAACAAGGCCAAGCUACCACUGCCAAUGUCGUCUCCUGUGACAGACUCUGUGGGCGGCCUGGCCAGUAGAUUGAGCGGGCACUACCCAGCACCGCCCCCGCCGCCCACAGCCAGAUACUCCCCGGACUUCCUCGACAACCACAACCAACCCACUAUCAGCCAGUCGACAGGCAACCUGGUGGACGGAGUCAACCUGGAUGAGAUUAAAGAGUUCGCCAAGGCCUUCAAGAUCCGAAGACUGUCCAUGGGGCUUACCCAGACACAGGUGGGCCAAGCCUUAAGCAUCACCGAGGGCCCAGCGUACUCCCAGUCAGCCAUCUGCAGGUUUGAAAAACUAGACAUCACGCCAAAAAGUGCACAAAAGAUCAAGCCAGUUCUAGAGCGAUGGAUGCAGGAAGCGGAGGACAGGUACAAGAACGGCCAGCACACCCUGACGGAAUUUAUGGGCACAGAGCCAACGAAGAAGAGAAAACGUCGUACGAGCUUCACCCCGCAAGCACUGGAGGUCCUGAACGCGCAUUUCGAGAGAAAUACGCACCCUUCUGGGGCAGAGAUCACAGCUCUUGCAGAGCAGCUGGGAUAUGAACGUGAGGUGGUAAGGAUCUGGUUUUGUAAUAAACGUCAAGCGCUCAAGAACACCGUCCGCAUGAUGGCUAAGACCAGCCCCAGUGCCCCACCCCCACCCCCACCAACACAUCCAAGCAUAAAUUAGAUACCACCAGAGGGUUCAGUAGAUGCUUGGUCUAUGAGGGUGACACACGUGCCCCGACGCACCGCCACUUACCACCUUGAAGCAACGAGAUAACAGUGACUCUGACAGUCUGGAACUUGACCACUGAAACAACGCUCAAAGUCAAGCAGCCAGCCCGCACUCCUCUCGCCCUGUCUUCAUUACGUUGUUACAAGUGGUGAACCGCAGUCUAAUGGAACAUCUUUGUGUGACAUUCAAGCAUGUCUCAAAAGCUCUCAGACCUUCAGCUAAUCUGAAAAAUAAACUAACCCUGCAAAUGCUCGAGUGUCUGUUCGGUGUGCAAAUCAUAGAAAAUGGAAAAGUAAGCAAAUAAUGAGCCUUAUAGGUAUAUAGUUUGAGAUUUAAGUGUCGAAGAAAUAAAUAUACUUGUACAAAUUUGGGAAAUAUGAAGUGAGAAAUAACGUUUUCAUGCUAGCAUAAAAUAACUAUGAUAUUAUACAAUAUGUAACAUUUGCAACUGAUUUUGAUUGCCAUAGAAAUUGGAAAGAAACUUGCAAAAUUAAAAAUUCGCCUUGAUUGAUGAAUUCAAAUGUACAGUAAAAUGCUGACUUAGUGGCUCCAUAGAAUAGUCAGACGUUAAAGUGAUGUACAUCCAUUCUUAAUUAAGGUGUUGGAAUAUAAUGUUACACAGAUAUGUUUAUAUUUGUGCAACAUAUUAUAUAUAUA